UAAGAGAUGAGUGUACAGCUGGCACUCCAACACAUCGCAACCAAACCAAUAACACAACUUCGAGUCCAAGACAAAGAUAUAAAGCAAGAUGUGCAGUGAAAGUAACACUGGCCUCCUAAGCCAAGCCUUCCCACCCAACCCAAGAUUCACCGAGAAAGAACUUCCAGACCAGACAGGAAAAAUCGUCAUUGUCACAGGUGCCGCAUCUGGUGUAGGCCGCGAGCUCGCCAAGAUCUUGUACAGCGCAAAUGCAACCGUUUACGUUGGCGCCCGAUCUCUCGCUCGGGUGAACGAGGGAAUCAAGUCUAUCAGAGCCGAGAUGGGAGAGUCGAAGGGACGGUUGAUGCCACUGGUAUUGGACCUAGCGGAUCUCAAAACUAUCAGGCCGGCCGUGGAGGACUUCUUGAGCAAGGAGACACAAUUGGACGUGUUGGUACACAAUGCAGGCGUCAUGAUGCCUCCAGUCGGUAGCAAGACAGCUGGGGGACACGAUCUGGAGAUGGGCACAAAUGUGCUAGGUCCAUUUCUCUUGACGAGACUCCUUGAGCCCAUCCUCAAACAGACAGCAUCCCUGAAGAAUAAGCUCGAUUCAGAGAAAAGACCGGUGAGAGUGGUCUGGGUGGUGUCUGUCCUCGAUUCCGGUACACCGAAAGGGGGCGUAGAGUUCGACGAGGUGACGAAGGCUCCGAAGACAUUCAAGAAACCUAUGGAGAAUUACAUGUCAUCAAAAGCUGGAGGGAGCUUUCUAGCCGUCGAGUUCGCUAGGCGUUGGCAUGAAGCUGGGAUAUUGAGCGUCAGCUGUAACCCUGGACUCAUGAAAACCGAGCUUCAACGUCAUCAACCAGCUCUUGUGAGCAAACUCAUGGGGAUUGUAUUCAAGCCAGCAGUGUUCGGCGCAUACACAGAAUUGUUUUGUGGCUUCAGCCCAGACGUGACGUCUCCUGAAAACGGCGGAUAUUAUAUACCUUGGGGACGCAAGUCAGAGCUACCCGCGCAUCUAAAGAAAAGCCUUCAGGCAACAGAGGACGGAGGACAUGGCCUGGGCAGCAAAUUAUAUGGAUGGUGCGAGACAGAGACCAUGUCCUUCAAAGCAUAAUGAUGACUGUCGGCG